AUGAAAGCAAUCGGAUUUAUGGAGGGAAAAUUCCCAGAUGAGCUAAAGAAAGUCCUUCGAUCAGUAGGAUCUGAAUGGGGAGAUGUGGUAGAUGACAUGCAAGCAUUGGAGGUGGUACCUUUGAAGGGGGCUAUGACCAAUGAGGUUUUCCAGAUAAACUGGCCUACGAAGUGUGGUAAUCUUAAUCGAAAAGUAUUGGUUAGGAUUUAUGGCGAAGGUGUUGAAGCUUUUUUCGACAGGGAUGACGAGAUUAAGACUUUUGAGUGCAUGUCAAAGCAUGGACAAGGUCCUAGGCUUCUUGGCCGGUUUGCUGAUGGAAGAGUUGAAGAGUUUAUUCAUGCCAGAACACUAUCAGCUGCUGAUCUUCGUGAUCAUGAAAUAUCUGCUCUGGUGGCUGCAAAGAUGAGAGAGUUCCACGACCUUGAGAUGCCUGGUCCUAGGGCUGUACUCCUCUGGAAUAGAAUGAGGGACUGGCUGGUUGAGGCCAAAACCAUGUGCUCUGCCAAAGAUGCAAAAGAAUUUCGUUUGGAUAAUCUAGAAGAUGAGAUCGAUAUGCUAGAGAAGGAACUGUCAUGUGACCAUCUAGAUAUUGGGUUUUGUCAUAAUGACCUGCAGUAUGGUAACAUAAUGCUUGACGAAGAGACAAGAUCGAUCACCUUAAUUGAUUACGAGUAUGCAAGUUUCAAUCCUGUUGCAUAUGACCUUGCAAAUCACUUCUGUGAAAUGCUAGCAAAUUAUCAUUCUGAAACGCCACAUAUUUUGGACCAUAACAAAUACCCAGGACUGGAGGAGCGGCGCAGAUUUGUUCAUGCAUAUCUAAGUUCUGCAGGGAAAAAACCUAGCGAAGAUGAAGUGGAGUUGCUACUUCAAGAAGUGGAAAAGUACACUCUGGCAAGUCAUCUCUUUUGGGGAUUGUGGGGAAUAAUCUCGGGCUACGUAAACAAAAUAGAGUUCGACUACACGGAGUAUGCUAGGCAGAGGUUUCAGCAGUAUAGGUUGAGAAAGCAAAAGCUCUUGGGAUCCUCUGAUAAUGCCUCUGAUAACCAUGCAACUGGAUCUGCUGUGUACGGUAAAUGA